AUGUCUAAUUUUUUAAACAGGUGGCAAAGGAUGCAGGAUCCCAUGGAGUUUAUGAGGCGGAUUGAGAGCAUUUCGGAGUAUGGGCAUCUAUUCCAGUUCAUGCUUGAUGGUGUCACCCCUGACGAUCCGGAAUUAACACGCACACGGCACUACUACGUCGUGUCAAAAGACCAGUCGUAUGCACGUGCCUACUGCUACCUGGUCUUAAGCCUCUGUGAACUAAAAGAAGGUAGAAAUUUGAGCCGCUGGUUGGCACUCUACAGUCACAUUUUUGGUACCAUUACCUCCGAACGCUUUCUUGAAUUACUUCUUAGCAUUGCACGAGGAUGCUUUGGUCAGUAUGCCUUCUUUGUCGAUGAGUAUGUCGCACGUUUGGCUUUUUGUGCUUUGACAACAUGCGACUCCUUGAAAUUGUGCGAGCGAGCAGACGGAGAGUCGCACAAGCACUUGUUGCAGACACCGAGAGAUGCUGAGACGGCAGAACCAAAAGAGCUCUUCUUUGAUGUUGACAGGCAACGCCACUUUGAGGCGGAUUGGCCGAAGGGAACUGCGUCUCCAAGCAUGUCGUUUGCAGAACGCAUACAGUUGGAGAAGCAAUUACAGGAGUCGCAACUUCUUCUACAGGUAAAAACUAGUCAGCACGAGCGAGAGGUGUCUGCUCUGCGUGAUGCGAUGGUAAAAAUGGAGCAGAAACUGAUUUGGUAUGAACGGGCGCAUCAGCAACGAAUUCACCAUCACUUUUUCGAACAUCAGGACGAGAUGCAACGCCUUGAGAAUGAAAUGAGACAACGAGAGACGGAACUCCGUCGCGCGAUGGACACGAUUCUCAGGGAUCAGGAGAGUCUGCUGCAGCAGUUAUCGGAAGAGAACGCUUCCUUAAAGCAGCGUCACCACGAGGCGAAGAUAGAGACAGAGCGCUGGCGCAUGGAAUGUCAGGAGCUCAAGCAUAGAUUAAACAGCACCGCAAUGACGGCAGUUUGUCCAUUAAACUCCGUCAGUCGGGAACAAUACCGCGAUCUCGAUCGGCGGCACCAACUUCUUCAUAAGGAGUUUGACGAGUUGUCAUUGGAGAGGUCAGAAAUGGAGCAGCAGCUACAGCAGGCACGGCAGGAAGCACAUCAACGGCGCGUAGAACUGGAUAGCGCGUUGGAAGUGCUGAAUUCAUUGAGGAAAGGGCUCGACUACGUCGGUCGCGAGUUACCGUUGAUGCGUGAGACGCCCGUUACGUAUACUGCCUGA